CCGUCAAGCGGCGGGGAGGGAUGUGAACGCGCAUGCGCGCGCCCCCGCCUUCGCCUCCUUUCCUCCUUCCCUCCCUCUUUCCCUCAGCCAGGCUCGGAGGCCGGUCUGCUUGCCUUGCCUUCUUCGCCCCUCCGCGGACCUCCUUCUCCCCCCCCGCCUUCCUCGAGCCGGGGCGCGGUCCAGGCGGCGAUGAGAUGGUGGAUGCUGAUGUUUGUGCUGGUGGGGAUAGCACAAGAAGAAAAAUGGAUGCUCUCACAGAUAGUGCAGCUGAGAUCGUUCCAUUGGAGCUCUAUGAUUCAGCCCGAGCAAAAAUAGCAGCUAAUCUACAGUGGAUCUGUGCAAAAGCCUAUGGAAGAGAUAAUAUCCCAGAGGAGCUGAAGGACCCAUUUUAUAUAGACCAGUAUGAGCAAGAACAUAUUAAGCCACCUGUCAUCAAGCUGUUACUGUCCAGCGAACUCUACUGCCGCGUCUGCAGCCUCAUUUUGAAAGGGGAUCAGGUGGCUGCUCUGCAGGGACACCAGUCGGUCAUCCAGGCUCUGUCUCGGAAAGGGAUUUACGCCAUGGAGAGUGACGAUUCACCGGUGUCUGAAUUGGACCUUGGCUCCGCACCUAUCAAAAUGAGUCCUCACAUGGGAAUGAUUGAUGCUCUCAUGAUGGCCUACACGGUGGAGAUGAUUAGCAUUGAGAAAGUGGUUGCAAGUGUCAAAUGUUUUUCUACAUUCAGUGCCUCAAAGGACUUACCCUAUGAUCUGGAAGAUGCAAUGAUAUUCUGGAUUAAUAAGGUGAACCUAAAGAUGAGAGAGAUAACAGAGAAGGAGAUCAAACUGAAGCAGCAAUUGCUUGAAAGUCCGGGUCAUCAAAAGCCUGAUCUGAUGCAUGCGCUAUCGCACUGCAUGCUGGAGCCAGUGGAAUAUGCUCGUGUGGUCCGUUAUCGCCGGGAUCACCUUUCGAGCCGGCAGUUGCCAUUUUUCCCGCUGCUUGAAGAUCUGAUGAAGGACUGCAGCGAUGGGGCUGCUUUGCUGGCUGUAAUCCAUUACUAUUGCCCCGAACAAAUGAAGCUAGAUGAAAUCUGCCUGAAGGAGGUGACGUCAAUUGCUGAUAGUGUCUAUAACAUCCAGCUGCUUCGGGAAUUCUCUAACGAAUAUCUCAACAAAUGUUUUUACCUCACUUUGGAAGACAUGCUCUACGCACCUUUAGUGUUAAAGCCCAACGUUAUGGUCUUCAUCGCCGAGUUGUUCUGGUGGUUUGAGAUCGUCAAGCCGGACUUUGUACAGCCCAGGGACUUGCAAGAAGUGAAAGAUGCUAAAACAAUGUUACAGCAGAAGAGCAGCCGCCCACCCAUUCCUAUUUCCAACGCAACCAAACGAAGCUUCAUGGCUAGUCCAGCUGCUUCCGGUUCAGGCGACGUGCAACCUCCAGCUCAGCUCCCUUUGGAAACGUGCAACAGGUAUUACCUGCAUCUUGAAGGAUUUACGUCUCUUGGGAAAGGAAGCCCUGCCUUCAGUCCAGCCCAUCCAUUGCUGCCAUUGAGACAAAAGCAACAGAAGUCACUGCAAGGGGAAGACAGUUCAGGCCAGCGGAACCGUUCCAAUUCAUUGACUCGAGUGGAUGGGCAGCCCCGGGAUUCAAUUCUUGCGUGGCCAGAGAAGAAGCAAAGGCCUCUUUCUCAACCAACGCCGUUUGUUCUCCAUCACACUGCAAGCAGCGACGCAGAUCCCAGUUCUGGCGAUAGCAUUAGCUUGGCCAGGUCAAUCAGCAAAGACAGCCUGGCUUCCAACAUUAUCAACAUCACUCCGAAGCCGCAUCCUCAGUCCGUGCCGCCGAAAAGCAGCGGGAGGAGCUUGCUGAGCAACGUUGAGAUCGAAGACGAGGAUGAGGAACUGAUUGCAAUCAUUCGCCCGGACACGGUGCCGAACCAGGGCAGCCUCGAGCUUCAAAGCGUGCCAGCCCGAUCGCCUGGGGGAGUGGCCACCGCGUGGGCCCAGAAAGGCGAAACCUCCGAAAGUAAACCGGAGAGCUUUUUCCUCGAGCCUUUAAUGCCUGCUGUUCUACGGCCAGCAAAGGAGAAACAGAUCACCAAUAAAGAGGAUGAGUGCGGGGAAGGGAAGAUGAGAGGCUUUGGAGCGAAGAGACUGAUUGAGGGGCACACGGUGCGUAAGAAAACCAACGGCAAUCAUGGAGACCACAACCUUAAUAGGACUUUUAAUCUAACUCCCAGUCCUGAGCUAACAACACCCGCAGGUUCCAUCUCGGCAGAUCCAGCAUUGCACUUGGAGCUCAGGCCAGAAACCUUUCGACCGCAGGCAAGUAGUAGUUUGGAGCCUUCAACGCGAGACCAGUCCUUUGGAGGGUUCUUCCUUCACGCUGCCAAAACAGAGGAGGAUGCCGUGACUAGCUAUGUCAAGACCCCCGAUUCCUACGCGACGGAAAGCACAUGGACAAUGGUCAGGCAGGACUCUGACUCAGACAUACUAGACAUGGAGGAAGCUGAGCAGGAUUUAAUGGUCGACGAUCACCCGAUAAUUGCCAAGUAUAUAGGAGAGGAGGAAUCAGCGAAGUUGCAAGAAGACAUGAAAGUCAAGGAACACGAAGACAAAGAUGACGGCAGCGGGCGGUCCAGCCCAUGCCUGAGUACGAUCUCUCAGGUCAGUAGCGUCUCCAUGACCAGCGGGAGUGCCAGGAUGACGAGCUUUGCAGAACGGAAGCUCCACCGGUUGAACAGUUACGAAACUAAAUCCAGCACAAGUAGCUCGCAGAAGACCACCCCGGAUGGGUCAGAGUGUUGCCCGGCUCCACUAACCACAUGGAAGCAGAAGCGGGAGCAAAGCCCCAACCGGCAGAGUAAAGAUAAUGUUAAUCUGUUGGCUUCUGAACUGGUCCAGCUUCACAUGCAGCUGGAGGAGAAGCGGAGAGCGAUCGAGGCCCAGAAAAAGAAGAUGGAGACUUUAUCUGCCCGGCAGCGGCUAAAACUAGGCAAGGCGGCUUUCCUCCACGUGGUGAAGAAAGGGAAAGGUGCUGAUGUUUCCCAGCCGCUUAAACCAGAACACUUCACAAAAGAAUACUCGCGGCACAACGGGGAAGGUUUGGACGACACUUCUUUGAGCUCUAAAUCGGAGGCGUUCUUCAUGAGAGACGAAGGGGGCGAUGACUCACUGGACAGCCUCGAAGCCGCCAAAGUGAAAACUCAGGAAACGGUUGCCUUUGUGGAGCAGAACAAUCCGAAAGAGCCCACCCUGCACGAAAUCGAGAAGAGCAAAAUGAUCUCCGCGGCGCUUCUGGAGGAGAGCAUCGACUCGUCGGACGUCAACGAGUGCGACCUCUCCAUCGAAAAGCUGAACGAAACCAUUAGCACCCUCCAGCAGGCGAUUCUCAAGAUUUCUCAGCAGCAGGAGCUUCUGAUGAAGGCUCCGACGAUGCCGCCGUCGUCGCGAGGCGGCUCUCAAGACCAAAAGAUCAGAGCCCCCGUUCAUUUUGUGGAGCCCCUCUCCCCGACUGGGAUGAGCAGCCUUCGUAAACCGCCAAGGCUCGGUCAAGGACGGAGCUCACGCUCCGGGCGGCCGUCCGAACUCAAAGUGGUCAAGGAGCGCCAGCAAACCACCGCACGCAUCAAGACCCCGACUCCCAGCGUUGACACCUUGCCCCACUUAAGACAGUUCCCGUCAAACAAUACGGCCAAGACACCAACAGAAAUGACUGUUGAAAACAAUUCGGCCCCCGGUACCACUCCCCAGGAGAAGCUUUCUUUUGAGAGCUACAGACUCUGUGAUGAGAGCAACCAGCGGGGUGGAUUUACCUUCUCCAGUCCCAAGGACACAAAUAUCCUCUCUGAAGCAAUCAAAGACGUGAAUAGUAAUGUGGAAGAGUUUAGCCUUCCUUCGUUGGAAGGCUCAGGAAACGAGACUGUCUCAGCAGAGGAACCCCAGAGAAGCAAAGGUAGCCUUAUUGAAGUCGACCUGUCGGAUUUAAGAGGUCCAGACGAGGAAGGAGAGGGCAGUGAAAUUGACCAGAAAUCAGGACUUGGGUUUUUCUUUAAGGAUGAGCAGAAAGCUGAAGACGAACUUGCAAAAAAACGUGCCGCCUUCCUCUUAAAGCAGCAGCGCAAAGCCGAAGAGACACGGCUUCGGAAACUACAACUCGAGGCCGAGGUUGAGCAAAAGAGAGACGAAGUGCGCCGCAAAGCUGAAGAAGACCGAAUCCGGAAGGAGGAAGAGAAGGCCCGAAGAGAGCUCAUCAAACAAGAAUAUCUGAGAAGGAAGCAGCAGCAGAUCUUGGAAGAACAAGGCCUUGGGAAACCUAAGCCCAAACCCAAGCCCAAGAAGGCCAGGCCAAAGUCUGUUCAUCGAGAGGAAUCCUACAGCGAUUCAGGGACAAAGUGUUCCACAACCCCGGAUAAUCUCAGCAGUGCACAGUCGGGCUCCAGCCUGUCCUUGGCAUCGGCAGCAACCACGGAGCCUGAAAGCGUCCAUUCUGGGGGAACCCCAUCACAGCGAGUGGAGUCGAUGGAAUCCUUGCCCAUCCUGAGCAGAAACCCCAGUCGAAACAUGGAGAGAGACUGGGAAAACACCUCCACAGCAUCGUCAAUUGCUUCAGUGGCAGAAUAUACUGGUCCGAAGCUCUUUAAAGAGCCCAGCAGCAAGUCAAACAAACCAAUCAUCCACAAUGCCAUCUCCCACUGCUGUCUUGCUGGAAAAGUCAAUGAGCCUCACAAGAAUUCCAUAUUGGAGGAGCUUGAGAAGUGCGACGCCAACCACUACAUCAUCCUGUUCCGCGACGCCGGCUGCCAGUUCCGAGCACUUUACUGCUACUACCCGGACACCGAAGAGAUCUACAAGCUGACCGGGACGGGGCCAAAGAGCAUCGCCAAGAAGAUGAUCGACAAGCUGUACAAAUACAGCUCGGACCGGAAGCAGUUCAACCUGAUCCCGGCCAAGACCAUGUCCGUCAGUGUGGACGCCCUCACCAUCCACAACCACUUGUGGCAGCCCAAGCGGCCCGCUGUGCCAAAGAAGACCCAGACUCGCAAAUGAUGAUGUCGCGGGGAGAGAUUGAGACUUGAAUUGUUGUUGGUUUCGCCGCCGGGGAGGAGAACCCCCUUCUUCUCGUGCUCCCCUUUCCCAACCCCCCAAAAAAGAGAGAAAGAGGUGUCUUAAAAAAAAACGUGGAUGUAAGGAGAGAAUGAAGGAACAACGUCUGGGUUUACUUUUUUUUGUUUUUGUAUGGAUGACUAAAACAAAAUAGCUGUUACAACCCGUUGCUUACUACGGAGGCUUUUCACGCGUGGGAAAAGUGCAUGUAGCAAGAUCUCAAGCAAUGGAUUUCCUUUUUUACUUGAAGUUCUUUGUCGGUACGAAUCAGAAGCGUAUUAUUAUUAUUUUUUAUUUCUCCUCCCCGCAAAUAAAACAAAACCCAUUUCAGAGUUGCUUUGGGAGAACAACGAGAUCAGGACUUCAUUGGAAGGAGAACGCAACCCCCACAAUAAUAUAAUCGAACUCUUGGUCCUGUAUCUACUGCCAACACGGAGCUCUGACUUCGGGAGGAAACGACGACCGAAUCCGGCCCUUUGCUGCUCAGAACGAAAA